UUAGGUUCAGUCAAUCUCAAGUUGGUCUGUGAUAGAGUAUAAACAAUCUGUGGUGAAAAUUUGUAUUAUACGCUCUUUCGAAAGAAUAUUUGCGAAUUUUUAAAACUGAGUCUGAGUGGUGUUAUAUCUUCCGAUUGCUGAAUUGGUGAUGUUCGUAGUCCUUGUCCUGACGAAUUCUGAUCCUGACCUCUUCAAUUUUUGGAUAACUGGUAACAAUAGUCUGUUGACUUUCUUUUCGCAGAUCGUGAGAAAAAGUGCAUUAUUUUGUAAAUAAUGCUGCGUUAUCGAAGAACUCAUAGCGGUAAGGUGUAGUGAUCGAGUACUCAUGUAGUUUUUGACAGUGCUAACCCAAGGUAGUAAUUGGAAGUGCGAAAAAGUGCCUUCGUUGAACUUAUACUAGAACUAUGUUUAUAAUAUCUUUCAGACUUGUAUCAUCAAAUAGUAGUAGUGUAUUUUAGUUAGAUUUUUUUUACAUCACCUAUAAUGAUAUAAUGGCUUCAUCUACAGAUAUAGAAGAAUUUUUGGCCUCACCUCUGGUAGCCUGGCUAAAAUCAUGUGUGGAGGAUAUAGACAACAAACUGGAUAGUUACGAAAAUUUCUUCGACGGCUUCCCAUUUCGCGAAGUACUUUUGAAAAUUGAUCCAGACCCAGUCGAUCCUGUUCCCAGCUUAUCCAGUUUCUUAGGAGAUGUCAGUUUGGUCAGUGCCAGGAUACAAAUUUUCCAUACAAUUAUCAGCAAUAUCCAAACGAUUUACAUGGCCGAGUUCAACCAGGUCGUGACCAGAGUUCCGGACAUCAUGAUCCUCGCGCAGGAACCCUCCACCAGAAACGCGCUAGAGCAGCUGAAACUCAUCAUACACCUGUUGCUUGGCUGCGCCGUCCAGGGACCCACACAGGAAUACUUCGUGUCCAGGAUAACGAUCCUGCCGAACUCUAAACAGGAGGAGAUCGCCGCCCUCAUAACAGCGGUUUGCGCGGGUCAGACCAUCGUCAUCAACAACGACGGUUUACUCCAGAAUGCGGAAUUGGUCUUCAAAUCCGUGUUCGCGUUGGCGGAGGACAGGAACAAUUACCAGAAGUAUUACGUCGAAGACUGCAGGAGGAAACUGGCCGCGCAGAGUUGCGUCGUUUACGAAAACGAGAAGGAAAGGCAACUGUCCAGAGACGCCACCCAUCUGGCCGUGGAGAUCGUGGACUACAAGUCGCAGAUCAGAAAACUGAAGCAGACGAUAGACGAGAGGAACGACAACAUCAUCGAACUGACGGAGGAACUGGAGAAGAUCAAGGCUAUAAACGAGAAACUGCACCGUGAGAACGGAAAACUGGUGGCCGAGAGGAUCAAGAUUCGCAGGUCCGAGGACGAAUGGGAGGCCUUGAGGGACAAGGCCGAACAGGCGGAAUACUUGGAGAAGGAGGCGAUCGUCCUUCGAAGGAAUCUGAUCGACGCCAAAUCCAACAAGAACAGGCUGGAGGAAUUGUUGGCCGACAACAAGGUCCUCGAACGCAACCAAGAGGUUUUGGAGGCCCAGCUCGCUGAGUCCAGGAAGAAGGGAAAGAGGAUCUUCGAGGUGGAGGGACAGUUGCUCAACGCUCAGAAAUGCAUCAACGACCUAGAACUUGAACUAGAGGCGUCUAGAUCGAAGAUCGAAGACUUGGAGAAGCACAUCGUCGAGUUGCAGCAGAUCAGCGUCAACGCGGAACAGGAACGCGUCCGCGAAGAAGAAUCCGAAUUUGAGCUAUCGGGGUCGUUCUCCACCGAGAACAGCUACUGCUUCCAGUCCGGCCACACCAGCAUUCAGGAAGAACUGAAUAACAACGCCCAAGCGAAGAUCUUGCAGCUGCAGCUCGAGAAGAGGCAGCUGGAAAUGGCCAUCGACGAGAUCGAGCAGAAGACCUUCUACGAGACGGCCCACAAGGUGCUGGAACUGGAGAAGGAGAAGAAGAAACUGUCCCUGCAGUGCGAGAGCCUUCAGAGCGAGGUGGAUCGCCUCAACCAGGGCAACAUCGGCGUGGAGAAACUGUUCAAGGACACCAUCGAGGAGAACGUAUCUCUCCAGCAGAAAUUGGAAGCGAUGAAGACCCUGACGGAAAGACAGGCGCAGGACUUGAUGUUGGAGAAAGAGAGACAGACCGACUUACAGAAAACCAUAGAUUUCUUCAAGAAGGAGAAGGAGAACGUGCUGCUCCUGUGCGAUGCCAUAAAGAACAGAGCGGACAAGGCCGACAAAUCCAACAUCGAACUGACGGAAACUGUUGAGAAGCUCAGGAAGGACGUAGAGAAAGGAAAAGAAAUGGAACGAACGAACGAGAAGUUGAACGACAAGGUGGAGUCGCUCGAGAAAGAGAUAGCCAGUCUGCAGAAGGAGCUGGCCAAGUCCAAGGAACUGUUAGAGGUCAAGAGCGUCGAUCUGGAUCAGACAACGAACGAGAUCUCCAAACUGGAGCGACAACUCGAGACCUUCGCCGAGGAAAAAUCCGAAAUGUUGGAACAACUGGAGAAAUUACAGGUGUGCGAGAGGAAGGCGCAAGAGCUGCUGUCCCAGGCGGCCGUGCACUCCGAGACCAUAACCGCCCUGCAGAAGGACCUGGUCAGCGAGAAGGUCAACAACGAGAGGUUCAAAUCCAACGUGGAAAAGUUGGGUCUCAGUCUGGACGUCCUGGAGAACGACGUCAACGUGGUCCUCGAGAAGAUGCUGGACAACCUGGAGGUGUCCAAAGUUCUCACCGCCAUCUACAAGACGAGGGACAACGGCGUGGUGGACGUCGACAAGCUGGAGGAGAUGGCCAGUUCGCUGACGGAGGAGUGGAGGCAGGAGGUCGAGAAGCUGCAGGCCGAGAUCGCCGGUUUGCAGGCUUCGAACGAAUCGUUGAAGACCGAGAACGCCAGCCUCCAGGUCGACGUUUCCACGUUGAAAUCGCAGUUGCAGAGUCUGCAGGUCCAACAGACUGCUUUGCAGCUCGCCAACAGUCAGCUCGUCGCGGAGAAAGAAGACCUGUCGCGACAGAACCAGAUGCAGCAGACCCAGCAGAAAACCCUGUCGCACGACCAGGACGUCCUCAGUAACAUCCACGCCGAACUGACGGCCGAGUACGAGAAGUUGCUCGCGGAAAAGGAGAACCUGAAGAGGAACAACAGGGAUCUGAAGUCGGACGUGAGGACGUACGUGGAAAAGUUGGAGAACCUGGAGAACAGACUCAAAUCGGCCGAACAGGAGUCGGAGAAGGCCAACGAGGCCGCCAAGCAUCUGUCUUACCUGAGGGUGGAACAUUCGAAGCUCAAGAGCGAUUUCCGCAACUUGUUGGCGACCAGCGAACGGUUAUCGACGGAAUGUAAAUCUUCCCGGGAAGAACUACAGACUUUACGGGCCGAAUUCAGGGAUUUGAAGAGCGCGAAUGUUGAGAUGAAGAACGAACUAAGUAAUAAGAUCGACAUUAUAACGACAUUCCAGAUGGAAAACGCGGUGUUGCAGCAAAAAUGCGAGAUGCUGCAAGAAAACCUGAACAAACUGGACCUCACCAGGAUAUCUCUGCUCGACAGUUUUUCCGAGUUGUGCAAACAGAGUUUGGUGUGCAUGGCCGAUUCGAUGGACCGGCAGAAUCAUUCGCAGAUGGAAGCCAAACGUCACUGGGAACAGUACAAUAACAUCCUCAGGCAAAAGGAUAAGUUGGAAGAGAAGAUCUUUGAUUUCUACAAGAAGUUGGAUAACGUCAAUACGAAGAAGGGAGGAUUUGCUUCGCUUGUUAGAAGGGUCCGAAAAGCUGGAUCUGGAAUAAUGAGUCGAAGUAGAAGUACCAGACGAUCGUCGGAGGAGGAGACCGCGCCCGCCACCCCUUCGCGAACCAUCCAGGCCGAACCCCAGGUGGCCGGUCCCAGUUGCAGCGGCUCCGCCGAGUCCAACAACAGCUCCAACGGCAACGAGUCGGACGACAACAUCAGUAACGAGGAUCCGAUCGCUACGGACCGUCUCAGACGCACCCCCAGCGGAGGGCCUAACGGUCACAGGCCGAGGGACGAGGUGGCCCUGAGGCGGUCGCAGAGGCAUCAGUCGUCGCGGAGGAACAGCGUGGCAAGUGAAGAACUACUUUUAAGGGACACCCCCAGCCUUGGUUCCAUAGGGUCGCGUAGAACUGUGUAUAUAUCGGAGGAUGAACCGGUGCCUUCCCCGACUCCGAUCCAACAGACCCCCUUAAGAGACAGCAAUCCCCCCCUUUUAGUUUAUAAUAGGAUAUCAACUGUGAUAGGUGGCGAUACCCUCUGUACGCUGGGUAACCAAACGAAUUUACCGGAAAUCCCUAGAGAAAACUUGGACGGUAAGAAGCCGACGAAUCCAAAGGAAACCGCUGUGUGGUACGAGUAUGGUUGUGUCUAGUUUAAGUAUUAACGAUCGCGUAAAACGGUGAAAUUCACUCGAUAUCGUAAUUUUAAUUAACGUUGAAUCAGUAUUAAGACAUGUGUCAUUCGCUCUCUCGCAAUUCGCAGGUCGCUCGAACGCUUAACUCUUUAAUAAUUUCAAUCACCUUUUUUUUAUUUCUAUCAGGCCUGUGGUUUUAUGUGAAUUUCAUUGUUUCACAUCACACACUUGAGUGUUCCUUAAUGUAUAUAUUUUUAGUUUUGCUAUUCGUUUUUACCUAAACAGCGCAACACGUACUAAACGCACUCUGUUUACUUCAAAGAAUUGUUCGAACUAUACUAUUGACUGAGAUCGGUAAUACGAUCAUUCCUAUUCAAAGAGCUUUACAUUUUACUCUGAGUAUAUUGUUGUGAAAGUUAACCAUUUGAUUUUAUGAGCAGAAUCAAAAUUUAUAAGUUAUUCGCUUCGAAAAAGUGUAUAUACAUGUUAUAUAUCCGAAUGGCUAUUUCAAGCCCACAUUUUUAUACUCUCAUGUUGACAAUUCUUCCAUGUACUUAUAGGUUACCACUUUUGUUAAUAUAUUGGAUAAGAUUUUUAAUGUCUUCAGCUAAAAUUGUGAUUACAAGUUUAUUGUUAUUAAUAAACUGAAAUAAACGAAUAUACUAGAAA